GCGCACGGCGGGGGUCGAGGUGCAGAAAGCCGGGCGCGCCCCGCGGUUCCUGCGCUAUGGCUGCGGAACCCGAGGCGGCCGGGACGCGGGUGCAGGGGCGCGGAGCGCGCCUCUUCACAUGGGAGGAGGUGGCUCGGCGCUCGGGGCGCGGGGAACGCUGGCUGGUGAUCGAGCGCAAGGUGUACGACAUCAGCGACUUCGCGCGGCGCCACCCGGGUGGCUCGCGCGUUAUCAGCCACUACGCGGGCCAGGAUGCUACGGAUCCCUUCCUGGCCUUCCACAUCGACAAGGCCCUGGUAAGGAAGUACAUGAGCCCACUGUUGAUCGGGGAGCUGUCUCCGGAGCAGCCCAGCUUCGAGCCCACCAAGAAUGAGGCACUGACCCAUGAGUUCCGGGAGCUUCGGGCCGCAGUGGAGCAGAUGGGGCUCCUGAGGAGUGACCACCUCUUCUUCCUACUGUACCUGCUGCACAUCCUGCUGCUGGACGUGGCCGCUUGGCUCACCCUGCGCAUCUUCGGGACAUCCCUGGUGCCCUUCCUCCUCUGUGCCGUGCUGCUCAGCGUAGUGCAGGCACAGGCCGGCUGGCUGCAGCAUGAUUUCGGCCACCUGUCAGUCUUCAGCACCUCCACAAUGAACCACCUGCUGCAUCACUUUGUGAUCGGCCACCUGAAGGGUGCCCCUGCCAGCUGGUGGAACCACAUGCACUUCCAGCACCAUGCCAAGCCCAAUUGCUUCCGCAAAGACCCGGACAUCAACAUGCAUCCCUUCUUCUUUGCCUUGGGAAAGGUCCUUUCGGUGGAGCUUGGGAGGCAGAAGAAAAAGUACAUGCCGUACAAUCACCAGCACAAGUACUUCUUCCUGAUCGGGCCCCCAGCCUUGCUGCCUUUCUACUUCCAGUGGUACAUUUUCUAUUUUGUCAUCCAGAGGAAGAAGUGGGUGGACUUGUUCUGGAUGCUGACCUUCUACGCCCGCCUCUGUCUCACCUACGUGCCACUGCUAGGCCUCUGGGGUUUCCUGGGCCUUUUCUUCAUCGUCAGGUUCCUAGAGAGCAACUGGUUUGUGUGGGUGACGCAGAUGAACCACAUCCCCAUGCACAUCGACCACGACCGUAACAUGGACUGGGUGUCGACCCAGCUGGCGGCCACCUGCAAUGUGGAGCAGUCCUUCUUCAACGACUGGUUCAGUGGCCACCUCAACUUCCAGAUCGAGCACCACCUCUUCCCCACGAUGCCCCGGCACAAUUACCACAAGGUGGCACCACUAGUGCGGUCCCUGUGCACCCGGCAUGGUGUCCAGUACCAGUCUAAGCCUCUGCUUGCUGCCUUUGCUGACAUUGUGCGCUCGCUGAAGGAGUCAGGGCAGUUGUGGCUGGAUGCCUACCUCCACCAGUAGUGGCAGCUGCUCCCCUGCUCUGCCUGGAAGAGGAUAGAUGCUUUGGGGACCUGCCACUGCGGCUCAGCUCAGCAUGGGGGACACAGGCGGGCAUGGGAGUGUUUCCUUUCCCUACUUCAGGGGAUGCAGGCAGGUGGUGAGUGCAGGGUACCAGGAAGGGGCCUGAGCAGGGCUCUUGGCUGUUUCUUAGUAACUCAACCUCCUCCCUAGCAAAGCUUGGGGCCAGAGGAGCCGAGACCCUGAGUGCUUAGGUGGAAACCAGCUGCCUCCCUGCCAGGGCUGGGGGAAGGCCCAGCCUGUUGUCUGGAGACCUCUGACCCCCAGGACCCUGGCACUGCUGCUCUGUCUCUAGUUAUGUCAGGAUCCAGUGGGAAACAGAAGUCGGGGUGUCACUGGUUAUUAGGAACCCCUUCUCCCCUCUAAAGUUUUGUGCCCCAGGAAAGAGGUCUCACUUCCUGCCCCACUAGCAAGUGAGCAGACAGGUCUGUCUCCCUCCCUAAAGAGAUGGCACUCUGGUGGCUCUCCUUUGCUUGCCAGCCUGUGGCUCUGAGGAGGCAGUGAGUGACCUGCAACACCUCCAGGCUGGAAAGCAGGACACACAUGCCCAGGAGCAGAGGGUCCCCAAAUCACUCCCAGACCGAGACAGGAAGGCUGCGGGUGCAGGUGCCUGUGGCAUCCCAGCGUCUUCCUGUUGGCUUCUCUCCAGUGUCCGAGUCUUAUGGAGACCCGAUGGGAAUUUAGGGUAACUUCUUAAAAAUACACAAUGCUGAAAGUCAGUGUUUAAAUCUAGUUUGCGAAAAAUAAAGUUUGAACUCAUAUUCCCAGAGGGUCCCAAAUAUGCCUGAGUCUCCCCGAACCCCUCAGGAUGCCAUGCACGGCCCUGCCCCCUGCCACAGCCUGUCUGGCCUGGAAGACAGAAACAGGGACCAUGUCUGCUGGCGAGCAGGGUGGAGAUUGGGCCUGUGCCCAGGCUGGGGGUCCUUGAGGUUAGAUAGGGUGGAGAUUGGGUCUGUGCCCAGGCUGGGGGUCCUUGAGAUUCAGGCAGCAUAGUAGGGCCACCCCACAAAGGCCCUGCUGGACAGCCUCUUGACCAUCAGGCUGGGCUGAAGCCUGGGAGCGGGGUCAGAGCACUCUAGAGGAGGUGUUAUGCAGACCCAGCCCUGGCUCUGUCAUCGAGUCAUGAACGUGGCAUCAGCAGCUUGGGAUGCCAGCUGGCUCCAGCCCCAAUCACCUCCCUGUUCCAGGCCAGCGAGUGCCAACGCCAGUCCCAGUGCCUUAAUUGCCGCGGCCUGCUCAGCCUCUGCAGUGUGGCUUCACAUGGCCACUCAGGACAGGGGAAGACUCACAACACCCCAGUGUAAAGGGCAAGACCCUAAGGCCAUAGGCAGAUGAAAAAAACCACUUAGGUCAUAAAAAAAAAAAAAAAAAAAAAAAAAAAAACCACUUAGGUCGCCUGAGGCCAUGCAGAUGGGGGCUAAGGGCCACAGCUACCCUUCCUGCACCAACCGUCAUCUCCAUUGCCAGGCCAGGGGUGUUUCCUCUAAUCAGGCCCCAGGCCAGGACCUGUCCUGUGUGCCAGUGCCGUUAUCAUCCCCGUGGUACAGAGCAGUAAAGUUAACUAACCAAGUAGAGGCUUGUCAUCAAGUCCCAGUUCUGCUCCCCCGUGCUCCUGCUUCCCACACCACCCUCUGUACUCACCUCAAGGAGAAGCAGGGGACUUGGGUGAUGCACCAGGAUGGUGCCUGACGGGACAGCCAGGUCCUCCCCGACCCCAUACUCAGGUACCAGGCCCCAAACCCUUCUACCUUUGGUUUUCCCUAUGGAGUCAUUUCCCUGUACCCUGGUCUCCUAGGUAUCACACUACCUGAUCCUGGGUAAGCAGAUGGCACUGUGUCUAGUAACCCACUGUCCUAGGAGGUACAGGUGGGCCCUGAAAGGAGCCUGUGCAGACCCACUGACAGCUGUCUAGGGAAAGCCCUUAGGCCUGGAGUCAGGAUACCAAGCGCACCCUGUGUGCCACCUCAGGUGACAAGCGCUUCACAGCUCACUACAAGGGUGGCCAUACCCAAGGUCUGCCCCACCCACCCUCCCCCAUGGUGUAGACAGCCUGAAUCAGAAAUCCAGGCCAAUGAAUGCUGUGGCUUUGUUUAUCUGGGAAAAACCCACUUCUUUUGUCAGCUGUUGGAGCAAAACAGUAAACAAAACAGCUCUGCCCCAGGUCAGACUCCCACCUCCCUCCAUGUCAAGGGCUUCCUGGGGGACUCUCCUGCCUCAGCUGCAGGCCUGCUUUCACCCUGGGUUUCAUCUAAGGCUUCACCUGGAGAAUCACAUGCUCUAUCCAAAAGGCUUGAAAGCCAGUGAUGCUUCCCUCUCCCAUCCAGAUUUUGGAGACACUGAUUUUCAAUUUGAAAUGGCAGCAAAGGGGAUGCUGAGGGGCUGGUCAGCCCCCCCACCAUACCAAGGGUCCGCCCACCCAGCUGAGGGACAGGAAGUCAGCUUUGCAUCCUACACACAGGCGUGGUGACUCCCUGGUGCCUGUGUCCUGACUCAGUCACAUGGCUUUCUCUGGGACAGGUCGGGCUGGAAGGGUGUCAGAAAAGCACUGAAUUUAUGAAAACCUGCAGCAAGAUGAACUAGACAUCUGAAUGGCUUACAUGGCAACUGCUGUGGCCUUGGAAGGCCAUAGUGCCACCUGGUGGCCACUCAGCCACGGGUCAGCAGGAGGACUCCAGUGUGUCACCCUGUGGUGGCAAGCAGAGCAUUACUAUAUGGGGCUGAGCACCUGGGGAAUUCUGACAUUUGCAAAGAACAUGGUGUUUACCACACGUUUACCAUUUUAUUGAUUUUCUUUUCCCAUCACAUCUAAAACAAAAACAGCUUAAUAUACCAGUGUCUGAUCCCAGUCUUUCUCAGUUGAGUGCCCUGCAAAGCCCAAAGGGCCACCUGACUCCUCUGAAUAGCGCCUUCAUGCAUCAGCCAGCAGGUCCAGUUCCCGCCAGGAGCCCAGCUGGGUAUCCAAGCCCUGCUGCCAAGGCAGGGCCUUCUGCUUGCUUCCUGCCUUCUAGGCAAGGCUGAGGGCAGAUGGGACCGGGAAGGACAGCACAGCAGGUUCUGCCCUCAGCUGCCUGGCCUCCGCCACUUCCCUUGUCUUGCUUUAGAACAGGCUGCUGUCACUGCUGCAUAAUAGAGGAUCCAGUGUCCACUGAGAGGUGGUUUGAGCUGACACUUUCCUGAGCUACAGGGGGUCCUUCCUGCCAUGACAUAGUGACAGGGAAGCCCCAGAGAGGAGGGUGGUACAGGCGCUGACUUGCUUACACUUCUGAGCGCAAGAGGCAGUGCAUGGGAUCUCGGGCGCAGCAACUUUACUUUCCCCUUUUGAACCUGCCUGCCACCCCCGUCUUUGCCUUCUUCUUCGUGGGCCCCUUAGGCUCUGGCUCCUUGCGCUUGGCUGAGGACAGUGAACCGGUCACCUUGAAGAAAUCAUCCAGGCGGCCCUGUGUGCUGCCCUGGCGGCUCUUGCUCAGUCGCCGGACCCCGCUUCGGAUCCGCUCCUCAGAGAACUGCUUCUCACCACACAGGAACUUGACCAGCUGCUCCUCGUCGGGCUCACUCCACUUCAGCUCCACGGACUCAGGGUCCAGCACCUCAGGCUCCAGGAAGAGCUGCUGUGCCUCCUUGUGCAGCCAGUUCUCGGGCACAGGGUACUUGCUGUGGUCCAGACGCCGCACAAUCUCCUCGAUGCUCUUGUGCUUCUGGAUGAGGUCCACGGCCCGCUUGGGCCCAAUGCCCCGGAUGCUCUCGCAGUAGUCACUGCCCAGCAGGAUGCACAGGUCCACGAACUGCGCCUGUGUCAGGUCCAGCGCCUGCAGCACACGGCUUAGGUGGAACUCUUGGAUGGGGAGCUUCUUUGCUUCGCUAGCGGUCAGGUGUCGCAUUAGCACGGGGCUGCCAAAGGUGAGGCAGUCCAUGUCCUCAGUAGCUGCAGCAUACACCUUGCCAGCCUUCACCAGCGCAGCACAGCUGGCCUCUGCCUCGCUAGGGGCAUCAAGGUAUGGGAUGCCCAUGAGGCUCAGCAGAUGCUUGCACUCGUCGUUGUGCUGCUUUGUGACCUUGACCAGCCGCUUGGUGAACUUUUCUACUUCUUCCUCCGCCCCAACAGCCUGGGCCUGCUGCAGCUGUUUCUCUGCCUCGGCACGCCGCUCGCUACGCUUGGCCAGCUCACCCGACUUGAGCUGCGGUGGCUUCCCGUCAAAGACGUACACAGGCUUGAUGCCAUUCUCCACCAUGCGGAUGGUGCGGUAGAACAUGCCCAUCAGGUGACUGGUGGUCUCCCCCUCCUCGUUCUGCAGCACCUCCCCGCCCUGGCGAACAGCUAUCAGGAACUGGUAGAUGCUCAUGGAAGCAUCAAUGGCCACCUUGCGGCCAAAGUAGCUCUUGAUGUCAUUCUCCCGGAUGGCACCCGGGGCCACAUCAGCAAUGAGUUUGGCCAGGCCUUGAAUUCCCAUGGCUGCAAAAGAAGAGUGAGCAGAGUUUUAGGUUGGGCCUGGGAACACACGCCUGUAACUGCAGCAACUCAGGCGGCUGAGGCACGAGAAUUACAAGUUUAAGCCAGGCCUGGGCAGCUUAGUGAGACUCUGUCUCAAAAUCAAAAAACGUUUAAAGGGAUGGGGAUUUAACUCAGGGAAGCCCUGGGCUCAAUCCACAGUACUGAAAAAAAUUAAUGACAUGAUUUCUAGUGUGCAUGGUAAGGCAUCUGGCCAGUCUGCUGAUGCUGGCACAGGCCCGCACCCUAAGGAAUAUUCUAGGAGACUUCUAGUUCCUACUCUUUCUUUCCUUUCUGGAGUAGGAGUGAGGGCUACAUUCCUGUUCUUAAGUCCCGACACCUCCGCAGGCAUCAAGAUCUUUCAGGUUCUGGCUCCCAAACGACCUCACUUUCGCCAGGCUGGGCCCUCCUUCACGGCCCACCUCACUUUGGUUCCCCCGGAAACAGCAGUGGCGGCCAAGGCUGGGUCUCACUUCUGGGUGCCUGCAACCACCUGUUUGGUGGUUAGUUUGCUCAUCCGUAAACUAAGGAUGGUAACACGCCUGCCUAGCUGGAUUUGUGCUAAGAAAAACGGCGACAACAGACAGAAAAGCCAUCGCGCAGCACCCGGUGCUCUGCAGAAGCCCUCCCCACCCCACCCGCUUUGCGGGAUCGUGUGCUGAGGACCGAGCCCCGUGCACAAAGCUCGGUCGCUGUUUAUCCUCCUGCGACACUCGGCCAUGGGAACAGGAAGGGCCUUGCACGAGUGUCAAACACGCUUCUAGGGAACACAUGCCACGAGCCAUUCGGCGGGAGUGACAAUCCUCGUCCUCCGUGGGAAGAAAGGCCCAGCGUCCCAUCAAUGGCCCAGGUGUCAGCCGGAAGGCACUGGCCCUGCGGCUGGGAAGGCGCACACCGCCACCUCGAAGAUGACCCUGACCUGGGCUCUCACCUGAGCCUCCGCCGUUAGCGCUGGUCCGGUGGUGCCAAGAGUCCCGAGCGCUGUUCUUCCGAGUACGCCGCUUAGUCUUACCACUCAAGUCUCGCCGACGCCUUCCAAAGCCCGCGCUCGCCUCACGUGACGCAUCUGCCGCGCACAGCCUCCCGGAAGUGUAGUGCGGCCCUGUCUUCCGGGUCUGCUUUCUCCCGGCACGUAGGCUGGCGGGGACAGUGGUCGUUCCCAACGAUCCCGCCACACUCCUCCGCCCCGCAUGUCCUAACCCCGCCACAUUCGGCCCCCCUCAGACCCAGCUCCCUUACUCCUCCCGAGCCCGCCGGACUACAAGUCCCACAAUGCCCCUCAUAAGGCACUUCCUCUUCCGGCGCUCGAGUCGCAAGCUCCAGCCGACGUGUUCUUCCGCUGGCGAGCGACAGUUUAGGCUGUGGUGGACGCAAUGGAGCUCGAGGCCAUGAGCAGAUACACCAGCCCUGUCAACCCAGCUGUCUUCCCCCACCUGACCGUGGUGCUCCUGGCCAUUGGCAUGUUCUUCACCGCCUGGUUCUUCGUGUAUCCUUUCCUCAUCAGCCAGUGGGCCAGAAUUGUCCUUAAUGGCCCUGCCUAGCUACGAGGUCACCUCCACCAAGUACACACGGGACAUCUACAAAGAGCUCCUCAUUUCCCUGGUGGCCUCGCUUUUCAUGGGCUUUGGUGUCCUCUUCCUCCUGCUCUGGGUUGGCAUCUACGUCUGAGUCUCUGGGGUACCCCAGGCGGCUUCACUGAAUCCUUGCUUUUGUAAAAUUUUUUUACUGUUGUUAGAAGUGUUCCACCUGUUGUUCACAAUAAAGGCAGAUGUAUGACA